GCCGGCCGGGGGAGCGCGGGACCGCCCGGCGGAGGCGGGGAAGAUGGACCCGGCGCCCUCGCUGGGCUGCAGCCUCAAGGAUGUGAAGUGGAGCUCGGUGGCCGUGCCGCUCGACCUGCUGGUCAGCACUUACCGGCUGCCCCAGAUCGCGCGGCUGGACAGCGGAGAAUGCAUAGAAGGGUUGCGAGAGAAUGACUAUCUUCUGAUCCAUUCAUGUCGUCAGUGGACCACCAUCACUGCCCACAGUCUGGAGGAGGGCCACUAUGUCAUUGGGCCAAAGAUAGAGAUUCCAGUACAUUAUGCAGGGCAAUUCAAGCUGCUGGAACAAGACAGAGAUAUAAAAGAGCCGGUGCAAUACUUCAACAGUGUGGAGGAGGUGGCUAAAGCAUUUCCUGAACGUGUAUACGUAAUGGAGGAAAUAACAUUCAACGUGAAGGUUGCUUCCGGUGAAUGCAAUGAAGACACUGAAGUUUACAACAUCACCCUGUGUACCGGGGAUGAACUCACUCUUAUGGGGCAGGCAGAAAUCCUUUAUGCUAAGACUUUCAAGGAAAAGUCACGCCUCAACACAAUCUUCAAAAAGAUUGGGAAGCUCAAUUCCAUCAGCAAGCUGGGAAAAGGCAAAAUGCCAUGCCUCAUUUGCAUGAAUCACCGGACCAAUGAAAGUAUCAGCCUUCCAUUCCAGUGCAAGGGCAGAUUUAGCACCCGAAGUCCCCUGGAACUUCAGAUGCAAGAGGGUGAACACACCAUCCGUAACAUUGUGGAGAAAACCCGACUCCCUGUGAAUGUGACUGUGCCCAGUCCUCCACCCAGAAACCCAUAUGACCUCCAUUUCAUCCGAGAGGGGCACCGCUACAAGUUUGUGAACAUCCAGACCAAGACCGUGGUGGUUUGCUGUGUGUUGAGAAACAACAAGAUCCUCCCCAUGCACUUUCCAUUGCACUUAUCCGUCCCCAAGUUCAGCCUCCCUGAACACCUGGUGAAGGGAGAGCUGUGGCCUGAAACCCUGGUCCAUCACUGGCUGGGUAUCUGUCAAGAGCAGUUUGACAUUGACGAGUACUCACGGGCUGUCCGUGAUGUGAAAACAGACUGGAACGAGGACUGCAAGAGUCCCAAGAAGGGCCGCUGCUCGGGCCACAACCACGUCCCCAAUUCCCUAAGCUAUGCUCGAGAUGAGCUUACCCAGUCCUUCCACCGGCUUUCAGUCUGUGUAUAUGGCAACAAUCUCCAUGGCAACAGUGAGGUCAACCUCCAUGGCUGCCGGGACCUGGGGGGAGAAUGGGCUCCCUUUCCUCAUGACAUCCUGCCCUACCAGGACUCUGGUGACAGUGGGAGUGACUACCUUUUCCCAGAGGCUAGUGAAGAGUCUGUGAGUGUCCAAGGAAAGUCAGAACUCCCUUAUGAAGAGCUUUGGCUGGAGGAAGGCAAGCCCAGCCGUCAGCCUCUCACUCGCUCACUGAGUGAGAAAAGCAGAUGUGACCCAUCUCGAGGCUCUGUCAGGUCUAAAUGUACAGCUUCUCCUCUUCUUGUCCCUGAGACUCUUGGAGCUGCAAUGAAGUCUUCAGAAAUUGCCCUACCUCCACCUCCGGUGCCUCCCAAAUCUGAAGCCGUCAGGGAAGAAUGCCGGCUCCUGAAUGCCCCACCGGUUCCACCCCGAAGCGCAAAGCCUUUGUCCACCAGUCCCUCCAUCCCUCCUCGCACAGUCAAGCCAGCGCGGCCACAGACUCGCUCUCCCAGCCCCACCUUGUCCUACUAUUCUUCAGGGCUGCACAGCAUCAGUGUUCCUAAAAGUGACACAAAUCCUUCUGACAGUGCUCCCGUGUCCUGCUAUCCCUGCAAUCGAGUGAAAACGGACUCUGUGGACUUGAAAUCCCCUUUUGGAAGUCCUUCUACUGAAGCUCUAGCCUCGCGACUCUCGUGGCCUAACCAUUAUUCAGGAGCAUCCGAAAACCAGACCAGGAAUGACUUCCUGCUGGACCCAAGCAGGAGUUACAGUUACCCCAGACAAAAGACGCCAGGCACACCAAAGAGAACCUGCCCAGCGCCUUUUGCUUUUGACGGCUGCGAGCUCACCAGCAGCCCUCCAAGUUCAGGCCCUGCGGAAUUCAGUGGCGGCAUCUCUGGUUGUCCCAAGUCAGCCAGCUACUCCCUGGAGAGCACGGAGGAGAGCACUGUUGCAGCGGGCAUGACCAAGCAGAGUGUUUCCUGCCCUGCCUUGCCCCCCAGGGCCCCAAAGCCAGCGGAACAGAAAGCCGCCUCCGAAACAUCUCCUUUGCCUCUGAAAAUUGAUGGUGCUGAGGAGGGCCCCGAGUUGGGGUCCCUGGACCUCUCCGAGAACCAGUACUUUGUUAAAAAGGGCAUGCAGGACAUCUUCUCUGUCUCUUACCCUUUCUCAUCUCCUCUCCACCUCCAGCUGGCCCCUAGGUCCUGUGGCGACGGUUCUCCAUGGCAGCCACCUGCUGACCUGUCAGGACUCUCCAUAGAAGAAGUGUCCAAAUCCUUACGGUUCAUUGGUUUGUCUGAAGAUGUCAUAUCCUUCUUUGUCACUGAAAAGAUUGAUGGAAAUUUGCUUGUUCAACUAACGGAAGAAAUCCUCUCCGAGGAUUUCAAAUUAAGCAAACUGCAAGUGAAGAAAAUAAUGCAAUUCAUUAAUGGCUGGAGGCCCAAAAUUUAGCCAAAUAGCCCUAGGUAGCAUGGAACAAAACGAAGUAAUGUGUAUACGGUAAAAGGGAUGGGCUGGGACACAGUUUCAUGUUUUUGCACUAAAAACCUUCUCUGUAAAUAGGGAUACGAGAAACUCUUACUAUGCAGAUUACGUUUUUGAAUGAUGAACAGGCUAUUUUGUACAUCAAUAAAAAUGCUGUACAGAACACUAAGAGGUGUGCCUUGUACGUCACUCAACACCCAACAGCUGCUAAAAGAACAAAGGCAUAUUUAGAGAACUCAUCCUUACCCCAGUAGGUUUUGUGAGAAGGUAUGAUAUUUAUUACAAAAUAGCCAAAGCUGAAAGACAUAAGAA